AUGGCGGCGCGGGCGCCGCUGCGCAGGAAGCACCGACAGUUGUGUGUGGCUGUUAGGAGUCAGAGCGAUUCCUUAGAGCCGCCGGAGGAGGCUGUGCUGGAGGAGUUCGGCUUCCCCCGAGCCGGGACGGAGACCCGCUGCUACACGAACCACGCGCUCUCCUACGACCAGGCCAAGCGGGUGCCCCGCUGGGUCCUCGAGCACAUCUCAAAGCAGAAGACGCUGGGUGAUGCAGACCGAAGGCACUGUAAAUUCAGACCAGAUCCUAACAUCCCUCUAAUGUUCAGUGCUGUCAAUGAAGACUACAUCGGGAGCGGCUGGUCACGAGGACACAUGGCACCAGCAGGAGAUAACAAGUUUUCAACAAGAGCCAUGGCUGAAACAUUUUAUCUUUCUAACAUUGUGCCUCAGAAUUAUGAAAAUAAUGCUGGAUUUUGGAACAGAAUGGAAAUGUAUUGUCGGGAAUUGACCGAGAGAUUUGAGGAUGUCUGGGUUGUUUCUGGACCCCUGACCUUGCCCGAAACAGGUGGUGAUGGAAAGAAGAGAGUUACUUAUCAGGUAGUGCCGUCCCACCUCUACAAAGUGAUCCUUGCCAGACGGAGCAGAACAACCUCAGAGCCCCUGGUGCUGGGGGCUUUUGUGGUGCCCAAUGAUCCCAUAGGCUUCAGUCACCAGCUGGCUGAGUUUCAAGUAAAUAUUGAAGACCUGGAAAAAAUGUCGGGAUUGGUUUUCUUCCCCCAGGUGGACAAAAUCAAGGAUGUAAAAAAUAUCUGUGAUGUUGAUACCUGUAAACUGAUGGGUUUCAAGGAAUUCACAUUGUAUAUCACUGCUCGGAAAGUGCAAAGCGCUCGCACGUUGCGCCGGUUGGAGAAGGUCAUGGCAGAAUUGAGGGAAGCAGGAAUUGAACCUGACGAAUAUCUCCUAAAGCUUCACAAGAAGAAGGAGGAGGAACUGAUGCAGGAAAAACAAACGGAAGCCAGAGAGGGGAAAGCUGGCUGAGUGCUCGUCCAAAACUUGUUU